AUGCGGUCCUUGGCACAAGAAGGCAACAGACUACUUGUCUUUGGGCCACAGGCUCUCUCUGCUAAGGGCAACGACUUUCGCGCUCUGCAAGCUAAGGUAGCGCAGCUCACAUGGAUCACGCAUGUUAUCACGGAUCUUCCAAACGUGUGGGGUGACUUUGUGAAAGAAUUUCCCAAGUAUAGCUUGGUUUCGGGUGAAACUUUACUGCAGAAACUAAUCAAAUGGGUUGACACUGGAGACAUUGACUUGGGUACCAACAACCACCUCGCAAACAUUAUUCUCAGUCCACUUGUGAUUAUCACACACAUCACUGAAUAUCUCAAAUAUCUCCAAAACGGCGCACCAAAGACAAAUCAUGAGUCGUCAACGGAGACUUUGGGCUUCUGCAUGGGAUUCUUGAGCGCACUAGUAGUAUCAGUCAGCAAUGACAGCAUCGAUAUUGAGAGAUAUGGCGCGGCCGCGAUCCGCCUAGCCAUGAUCAUUGGUGGAAUUGUGGAUGCUCAAGAUGGGCUUGAUGCUCAGGGGCCAUCCAAGUCUUUGGCAACGGCUUGGAAUUCCACCAAAGCAGCUGAAGAGCUCCAGCAAAUACUUGUCCAUUUUCCGGAGGCAUAUGUGUCUGUGUCAUAUGACGACCAGCGUGCGACAAUCACCACUGCCUCCAAAACGGUUUCUACUUUACAAGGACAACUUCGGACUGCAGGGAUUGUCGCAAAUGAGAUCGGUUUAUUUGGUCGAUUUCAUAACGAUUGGUAUGCAGAGGAUGUCGACGAGAUCAUUGACUUUGUAUCGUCGCGGCCAGAACUUGUACUUCCAGAUGCCACUGAUCUUAUUUACCAAACACGAUCCAACUCAGGCACCGGCCUGAUCACAAGCGGAAAGCUUCACGACCAUGCCAUAAGAACUAUUCUUGUCCAACACUCCAAUUGGUAUCAAACUUUCAAGUCAAUUCACGAUACCCAAAUCAAGAGCCUUAAAACCUCUGUGAUUGCUUUUGGUCCUGAGCCCUGUGUUCCACCUUCGAUUCUCCGGGAGAUCAAGCAAAAUGUCAUUCAUGCAUCUGACAUCCAGGCAGAGUCCAUUGCGCCACCCCCUAUCGUGCUACCCCAACAAGUCAAGGAAGACGAUAUUGCGGUCGUUGGUAUGUCGCUCAAAGUUGCAGGAGCUGACGAUACCGAUGAGUUCUGGGAUUUAUUAUGUGCGGGGCAGUCACAGCACAGAGAGGUGCCGCGCAAUCGGAUAAAAUUUGACAAUGAUUGGCGUGAAGUUGGUCCUAAGAGGAAAUAUUUCGGCAACUUCCUCAAUGAUCAUGACAUUUUUGACCAGAAGUUCUUCAAAAAGAGCGCCAGAGAAGCUGCUUCGACUGAUCCUCAGCAGAGAAUUCUGCUUCACGUAGCAUACCAGGCUUUGGAACAGGCUGGAUAUUUCAACUCGCCAGAGCAGGACAAAAGGAUCGGUUGCUUCAUUGGAGAAUGUGCCAACGACUAUGCAGACAACGUCGCCUGCCAUCAACCCAACGCUUUUACCGCUACGGGUAACCUGAAAAGCUUUAUUGCCGGAAAAGUCAGCCACUACUUUGGCUGGACAGGUACCGGCUUAACACUUGAUACUGCCUGCUCUUCGUCUCUCGUAGCAGUCCAUCUCGCGUGCAAAGCAAUCCUUAGCGGUGAGUGCAAUGCUGCCCUGGCAGGUGGUGUCAACAUGAUGAACAGCGCGCUAUGGUUCCAAAACCUUGCUGCUGCAUCAUUUCUUAGUCCUACCGGGCAAUGUAAGCCUUUUGAUGCAAAUGCGGACGGUUACUGCCGAGGAGAAGCCGUGGGUGUGGUCUUCUUGAAGAGUAUGUCUGCCGCUAUUGCCAACGGUGACCAGAUCAUUGGUACAAUAUCCAGCACAGGAGUAUCUCAAAAUCAGAAUUGUACUCCUAUAUUUGUACCAAAUGCUCCUUCUCUUUCAACAUUAUUCCAAGAUGUUAUCCAAGACGCGCAGGUGGAUCCGAAAAAAAUCUCCGUCGUGGAGGCUCACGGCACUGGAACUCAGGUAGGCGACCCAGCAGAGUACGACAGUAUCCGCAGGGUUCUUGGAGGCGCCAAUUUGCGCUCCAAGCCACUUGCAUUCGGGUCUGUCAAGGGUCUUGUUGGUCAUACCGAGGCGAGUUCUGGUCUCGUUUCAUUGAUCAAGAUCCUACUCAUGAUCCAAAAUAAGACUAUUCCACCACAGGCAAGUCACGAGUCACUUAAUCCACAUCUGAACGCUACGGCCGAUGAUAAGAUGGAGAUAAUUACCAAAAAGACCACUUGGGACGAAGAUUACAGAGCGGCACUCAUCAACAAUUAUGGGGCAUCUGGUUCCAAUGCGUCAGCCGUUGUCACUGAGGCACCUCGCCUUCACGAGUCAACUACCAGCGCGACUUCGUUUCCUGUACUCGAUUAUCCCUUCCACAUCUUUGGAAAGGAUGACCGAGCGAUUCGUGACUACUGCACAAAGCUUGCGAAAUCACUGGAAGCUAAGGGUGUUAAUAACUUGUCCAUUGCAAAUUUGUCAUUCAAUAUCUGCCGACAAUCAAACCCAACGUUGGAUCGUGGAUUGGUGUUUACUAGCCGCUCAGUGAAAGAGUUAGUUGAGAAGCUUAAUGCAUUUCAAACUGGAGACGUCAAUGUAGCUGCCACUAUCGUGCAACCCCAACUUCGGCCAGUUGUUCUUUGCUUCGGAGGUCAGAUUUCUACUUAUGUCGGCCUGAGCAAAGAGGUGUAUGAGAAUGUCAGAAUUCUCGCUCGUUACCUCGACCAGUGUGACUAUGCUUGUCAAUCAUUGGGAUGUGAAAGCAUCUUUCCUGGAAUCUUUCAACGGAGCCCCAUUGAAGAUACCGUCAAGCUUCAAACAAUGCUCUUCUCGAUCCAAUAUGCUUGCGGGAAGAGCUGGAUUGAUUCUGGAGUUCAACCUGUGGCCGUGGUAGGACACAGUUUUGGUGAAUUGACAUCUCUUUGCAUUUCUGGUGUCCUUUCUUUGGAAGAUGCAUUGAAGAUGAUCGUUGGUCGUGCAACUAUUAUUAGAGAAAGUUGGGGAAGCGAGAAAGGAGCCAUGAUGGCCAUCGAAGCAGACCAAGAGGAAGUUCAAAAACUUUUAGCGGAGACAUCCCUACCAUGUGAAGAAGCUGGCCAGCGAGCACCAACGAUUGCAUGUCUCAAUGGGCCCCGUAGCUUCACUAUCGCAGGAUCCUCUCGGGCUAUCGACAUCGCUGGUGAAACUAUUUCCAAGAAUCCUGCAUAUUCAAGGUUCAGGUUCAAGAAGCUCAAUGUGACCAAUGCGUUCCAUUCGACCUUGGUUGAACCCUUAAUGUCCGACUUGGAGAAAGUGGGACAAAGUCUGCAGUUCAAUGAACCUUCAAUCCACCUUGAAAGAGCAACUGAAUUUUACUCUUCUGAACGAUUAGCUGCAAGAUACGUCGCUGAUCACAUGCGCAACCCUGUGUUUUUCAAUCAUGCCGUUCAAAGAAUUUCUAAAAAGUAUCCCGAUGCGAUCUUCGUGGAAGCCGGCUCUAACUCAACAAUCACUAACAUGGCAAGCCGAGCACUUGGAUCACCGGUUGCAUCUCACUUCCAGCCAGUCAAUAUCACUACUGAUAAUGGCCUGCAGUUAUUGGUUGAUUCUACGGCCUCGCUGUGGAAACAGGGCCUUAUGGUGCCAUUCUGGGCUCAUAGCAGGGUACAGACUUAUGAAUACAGUCCCGUGUUCCUACCUGCAUAUCAAUUCGAGAAAUUGCGUCACUGGAUGGAACCAGUUCCACCUCCAACAUCUUCCAAGCAAGUCGUAGGUGGACAAGCAGAAGAACCUAAGGGAUUAUGGAGUUUUAUCGACUACAUGGAUGAGAAAAAGCGCGGUGCAAGGUUCCGUAUCAACACGGAAACCGACAAGUACAAAGAGUUGGUGUCCGGUCAUAUUAUUGCGCAAACCGCACCAAUUUGCCCAGCCACGGUUGAGGUUGACAUUGCUGUUGAAGCCCUCAUUAGUCUGUAUUCUAAUUUCGCUACGUCAGGCUUGCAACCUAGAAUUUGCAAUGUUGAUAAUCAGUCCCCUAUCUGCAUCGACUCCUCGCGAUCAGUAUGGUUAGAUGUUGAGUCACAAGAGUCGGCCCCGAACAAUUGGUCCUGGCGAAUCGUUAGUACUGGCGAAUCGUCGAAGGCUAGCACAGUUCAUGUUACCGGUCAGAUAAUAUUUGUUUCUACCGAUAACGCAGAAUGGCAAUUGGAGUUUUCUAGAUACGAACGAUUGAUUGGUCACCAACGCUGUGUUGGUCUCUUGAACUGUGAUGAUGCAGACGAUAUUAUUCAGGGUCGCAAUAUCUAUCGCUCAUUCGGCGAGGUUGUUGACUAUUCUGCUCCUUACCGUGGCCUACAGAAGCUUGUUGGCAAAGGAACUGAAUCAGCCGGUCGCGUUGUGAAGAAAUACACUGGAGACUCGUGGCUUGACGCAUUGCUUUCAGAUGCCUUCAGCCAAGUCGGCGGAAUCUGGGUCAACUGUAUGACAGACAAGGACCCUGGUGAUAUGUACAUUGCUACCGGUUUUGAAAAAUGGAUGCGAAGUCCAGAUAUUACCACUGAUUACAAGCGGCCAGAAGCUUGGGAUGUCUUUGCCUAUCAUCAAGAGCUUCCUUUAGAGCAUUCCUAUCUUACCGACAUUUUCAUUUUUGACUCAACGAACGGCAAGUUAACGGAAGUUAUUCUCGGUGUCAACUACCACAAGGUCGCUAAAGCCACUAUGAGCAAGAUUCUUGCCCGGCUUUCGGGAUUGCCGACAACUUCAACCUCCACAAAUGUGAAAUCAAGCCCCGCCGCUGCUGAAGGAUCUUCACCAGUGGAGAACGGUGCGUCUGGCAGUGGAAGCAAAGCAAAGAAAACCAAGUCAGGUGCAGGUCAGGACGUCGUUAACAAAACCAAGGGUCUUCUUGCGGAGAUCUCUGGCAUGGGCGUCGAAGAAAUUUCCAACGAAGCACAACUUGCUGAUAUUGGUAUCGAUUCCCUAAUGGGCAUGGAGCUGGCUCGUGAGCUCGAGGGAAUGUUCAAAUGUACACUACCAAGUGACGAGCUGAUGAACGUGACUGAUUUUGCAGGUUUGGUGCAAAUUAUCAAGAGCACUUUGGGUGUUAGCGAUGACGAGGAGGGCUCCGACCAAGAAGGAUCUGAAGCCAGUUCAAGCGAGUCUUCUACCACAUUCACUCCGUCAACGACUGCCACUACAGUUUCGGAUGUUGAGGACAACGGAAAUGAAAAGUCCAUUGGCAAGGAGAAGUCGGUUUCCUACACGGGAGACCUGCAACUCCCUUCGAGCACAAUCAUCGAGGCGUUUGAAGAGUCAAGGAAGCUCACUGAUGAUUUUAUCGCCAACUACCGAUGUGCGGAUUACAUGGAAACUGUCCUUCCCAGACAAACUCAACUAUGCGUUGCGCUUACAGUUGAGGCAUUCGAGCAGCUCGGCUGCCCCAUUCGCUCAGCCAAGGCAGGCGACAUAUUGACGCGCAUUCCACAUGAUCCGCAGCAUCAACGUCUUACCAACUAUUUGCACAAGAUGCUGGAAGAAGAGGCACGACUGAUUGAUACCGACGGCUCGAAGAUCACUCGUACAGCAAUCGCUCCUCCCUCCAAGUCGAGCGAUGCUAUUCUUGAACAACUUUUGCGAGACUUCCCAGAUCACGAGUGGGCCAACAAAUUAACACACUUCGCCGGUAGCCGACUAGCAGACGUUUUGAAGGGAGAAUGUGAUGGCAUCAAGCUUAUUUUUGGAAGCGAUGAGGGAAGGCGACUUGUCACCGGGCUCUAUGGUGACUCUCUGUUGAACAAACUAGCGAACGUACAGAUGCAGGACAUUGUUGCUAGAGUUGCUUCCAAGAUGCCUCAAGACCAAGGCCCGCUCAAAAUCCUUGAACUAGGUGCUGGUACAGGUGGUACGACAAAGGGAAUGGUUGCCUUGCUUGCAAAAUUAGGUGUACCUGUUGAAUACACGUUCACUGACCUUUCCGGCUCAUUUGUGGCUGCUGCACGCAAGACCUUCAAGGAGUACCCGUUCAUGAAAUACAAAGUCCACGAUAUUGAGAAGUCUCCACCAGCGGAUCUUGUCGGUACCCAACAUAUUAUUAUUGCUAGCAAUGCGAUGCACGCAACUCACAAUCUUGAAAUAUCCACAGCCAAUGUACGAAAAGCUCUUCGCCCAGAUGGGUUCUUGAUGAUGCUCGAGAUGACAUCGCCAGUCUUUUGGGUCGACUUGAUUUUCGGACUGUUCGAAGGUUGGUGGUUGUUUGAUGAUGGUCGUGAACAUGCCAUUGGACAUCAAACGCUCUGGGAACGUAUUAUGCGAGCCGCAGGAUAUGGCCACAUUGACUGGACAGACGGCAAUAGUCCAGAGCUUGAAAUUCAACGUGUCAUCAUAGCUCUUGCAUCUGGUCCACAAUAUGACAGACAACCAGUUGCUCCGCUACCACAGCCUGAAAAGCAACUUCAGCCUGCGGCUGGUCGCAAAGCGGCUGUUGACGAAUACGUCCGCAAGUAUACCGAAGGUUUCAGCCUCGGUGAACGCGUUGAGAGGGCAACCUCUCCUAGUCAGUAUGAGCAGUGCGUGUUAAUUACUGGUGCAACGGGAAGUUUGGGCUCUCACCUCGUGGCACAUGUUGCUGCUCUACCCAACGUUAAAACAGUCGUUUGUCUAAACAGACGCAGUGGAAGCGACGCAAACGCUCGUCAGCAGAAGGCCUUAGAAGACAGAGGAAUAUUGAUUGAUGCCGCGUCCCAGUCUAAACUACAAGUAUUCCAGGUAACUACAUCAAAACCAUUGCUUGGUCUGGAAAAGAGCGACUAUGAGGAGCUGCUUGGAAAAGUGACGCAUAUCGUCCACAAUGCUUGGCCCAUGACCGGCAAGCGUCCAUUGUCUGGAUUAGAAUCUCAAUUCCAAGUGAUGCGUAAUCUGAUUGACUUCGCGCGUGAUAUCUCGGCACAUCGUUCCAAGGGAUCCAAGGUCACCUUGCAACUGAUUUCUUCCAUUGCAGUUGUUGGACAUUACCCACUCUGGAGUGGUAAUGUUGAAGUACCCGAGGAGAGAAUGACACUAGAAUCUGUGCUUCCUAACGGUUACGGUGACGCCAAAUUCGUCUGUGAACGCAUGCUCGAGGAGACUUUGCACAAAUAUCCUGAACAAUUCCGUGUCAUGUCGGUGCGUCCGGGACAAAUUGCAGGCUCAAAGGUGACUGGCUAUUGGAAUGCAAUGGAGCAUCUAUCAUUCUUGUUCAAGUCAUCGCAGACUCUUAAAGUCCUUCCAGACUUCGAAGGUGACCUUUGCUGGACACCCGUCGAUGAUGUUGCUGGCACAUGCAGUGACUUACUUAUUUCGGAUCGCGAACCAUAUCUUGUCUACCAUAUUGAUAAUCCCGUACGCCAGCCUUGGAAAGAGAUGAUACCUCUUUUGGCGGAAUUGCUUGACAUCCCACGCACUAAUAUUGUUCCCUUCAAGGAAUGGGUGCGUAGAGUACGUGCUUUCCCAGGGUCUGUCGAAUGGGACAAUCCAGCCGCUUUGCUCAUCGACUUUUUGGAUGACAAUUUCCUCCGUAUGUCAUGCGGCGGUCUUCUCUUAGGCACUGCUAAGAGUUGCGAACAUUCUCCAACUCUCGCUGCUGUGGGACCGGUGAGUGUCGAGGUGACCAAGAAGUAUAUUCAGUCCUGGAAGAACUCCGGUUUUUUGCACAAGUAG